AGGGUCAAGACGUACUUGCGCUCUACUAUACGAGCAGAGAGAUCAUCUGGGCUUGCGCUUCUUCAUGCGUACAGGGACAAGAGCAUCGACACAGACAGGGUGGUCCGGGAGUUUUGCGCCAGGCCUCGGCCUUACAUUUUGGAAUGCUACGCUAAAACAGCUUUGUCUUUGCGUUCAACAUGAUAUUGUAUAGAAGUUGGGAAAUACAACAUUUAUUUAAAGUGAUUGUAACUUAAAGGUCCAACUAAAGUUUCUUUACGACCUCUAAAACCCCGGUCAUGUACCGUUGUAAGUUAACAAGCGUAUAUCAGCAACAUUCUGGUUGCAGGCUUAAAGCUGGAAAAUGCCUAGGAACCCCCUGA